GUGUUUGCAGAUUAAAACCAGUGCUAAAGUGCAAGCUUUCAUUGGUGAACAAGUGUUGCUGAAAUGCUCAUUCAAAUCUACUCAUCCCAUCACUGAGAGCCUGAUGGUAGACUGGACAUACCGACCCCUCUCUGGAGGCCAUAUGGAGACUAUUUUUCACUAUCAGUCUGUUCCAUACCCAACAACAGUGGGAAAGUUCAAAGACAGGAUAUCCUGGGCUGGGAACGUCGCCAAGGGCGACGCUUCCAUCGCUAUCCGCAGCCCGGUGACGAGCGACAACGGGACCUUCAUCUGCAGCGUGAAGAACCCCCCGGACGUGUACCACAACAUCCCCCAGACCACGCUGGUCGUGACGGAGCGGGGCCUUUCCUUCCAGCUAACGUCAGCAGUGCUGCUCUCCAUUUUAGUGUUUCUCCCUUCCUUCAUUGUGGUUGUUCUGCUCUUGGUAAGGAUGGGAAGGAAAUAUGGAGUGCUAAAGGAGAAGAAAAAAUCUGGCUGCAAGAAGUCUUCCAUUGAAGUGCCUGAAGGUACAGAGACACACAGCUGCAUGGGGAAAUUCAGGAACUGGUGUCUGAACUGUGUGGACACGGAUGAGGAAGACCCAUACUGA